GAACGAUCAAUCCCUCCACAUUCUUUUAUCCGCCACGCGACCAUCACGCCAACCCAUCUGAACACCAUAUCAAUCACCCCAAAUCGCGCAACUCCACACAACAAUGAAGUCCCUCUCCAUCCUCACGGCGUUUGCCUCCACCGGCGCCUUCGCAUCUGCAAUAAAUUACGCCAACCUCCAAGACCGCGCCAUCGAUCCCGCAACCAUGAAUCCAACACUCCUCUCCGUCCUAUCAGUACUGAAAACGGCUAUGCCCACGGGCCCCAACGCCCCCAUGCCAACAGGCGAUCUGGAGCCGAAUUGGUACCGGCAAUUACCUGGGGAUGUUAAGAGUCUAUUGCCGGAGUUGUAUCCCGCUGCUGCUGCGGUUGCGACGUCGGAGGUGGGCGCGGGUGUUGUGAGUCAGGCGCAGAGUACGGAUGCGGUGGUGGUGAGUGCUUCCUCUUCUGCCUCAUCAUCUUUGUUAUCGCUGUCCGAGUCUUCUGUAAUCGCGCCUGCAACUGCAUCUGCAUCUACGUCUGCGAUCGCAUUUGCAUCUGCGUCUUCCUCUUCCAACACCAGCGAUACUUCCCUCACAACGUCUUCAUCAACACCGCAGACCACACUUACUAAGUCAUCACAGUCGGCGUCCACAAUCACCAAUGUGGUGUCGCCUUCGUCAUCUAUACUAUCUCCAGAUAGCGCUUCGCCCACAACUUCUUCGGCGACCCUAGCCAGCGCUUCAGCUACGCCAUCGAAUUCCCCAUCUACUGGCAACCGAUUCGCGGUCAAGACAGGGACACUAGCUGCGAUCGCCAUGUUUAGCGUUGGAGCCGGAUUCUGCAUCUUUGCAUAGCCUUAUAACGAUCUAGGCUACGGCAUUUGAUGAGACUGCGCUGCGAUCUGUCCGCACUCUUUCUUCAUCUUUUCACGGGUAUCUUUUGGAGUUGUAUGUCUAGGAAAAAAGAGGGGUAUUUGUGAUUAUUGGACGGACUGGAUACCGACCACAUGAUGAGAUGACAUCCUCUGCAUUGAGCGCUAUACGACGAGCGCUGAGCGGGCGCACAACUUGCG